GUAAAUCAGUAAUCCAGCUGAGCAGUGGUUGGGGGUGUGGUUAGGUGCGGUUAAAGCAGAUUUCCUGUGUGUGUCUCUUUGCUCAUUUGUUUGAGAAGGCGCACUAACGGGAGACACAAUGUCGGGUUUUGAUCUGUGUGAUGCUUUAAAAGGUGAUGAAAAGGUGGCGCAGGAGGAAGCUCAGAGGGAUGAGGCAUUUUGUAACAGGUAUAAGAGGAAGGAUAAGGAUGACAAGGACAUGUCUGGAUGUAAGGGCAAGUCUGAUCAUAAGGACAAGUCUAAAAAGAAGCACAAGGACAAAGGCUGCAAAGAUGGCAAAAAGAAAAGGGAUAAGAAGGGAAAACAAUCAGGCUCCUCAUCCUCAUCCUCAUCCUCUUGCUCAUCUUCAUCAGCCAGCAGUGAUGAGGAAUGAUGCUUCCCUUUGGGGCCAGCCUGCUGUUAGCUUCUCAUGAUCUAUUGACAAAGGGACUGAGUGUUGUUGAGUGUGCAGUAGCACCACAUUUUUUUCAUGUCUUUUUGUAAGUGGUGCUGCUACCUACACGCACGCACACACACACACACACACACUCACACACACACACACACACACACACACACACACACACACACACACACUAUGCACUGUGUGUAAGGCAUCAAAACCUGGGGGCAGCAUCAAAACAGCGAGUGAUCAUCAAUCAUAAUCAAAAGGAUGAACUAUUUAAAAUUAUGAAGAAGUGCACAUCCACAGUAGUCAACAUUAAAUGUUAUAUAUAAUUGGUUGAAAUAAUAACAAUGAUAAAAAAAAAAAUAUGUGUAAUUUAUAAUGUAUACUGCAAUUGUAGAGUUCUGGCUUUCUCAUUUGUAACAUUGAAACAUUGCUGAUUAAACUAUAUGGAAGAUUGCA